GAGAUAGAGCAAUCUGAUUGGGUAGUAUUUUUAUACUUUUCAUCAUAUCUUAAUUUAGAAAGUAUUGCACCAUAAGAGCUUAUGUUCGCGCAAUAGCCGGCAUUAAGACGAAUGUAAGAACAAGAAACACAGUACCCAACUAAAGUCCCGGCCAGGUCCGGCAAAAGCCAAACACGAAGCCAAAGUCCUCAGCGACUUGAGUCAAGACGAAGGGAUCUUUUAGACCCGAGGAAAAGAGCAGAUUUCUGCCGAAUAGUUAGGCGUUUAACUGCCAAGAUUCGACACCAGAAGACCCCCGUUUUAACACAGGACUCUUCUAAACCAUGUACGGACCGGACGACAGUAAAACUCAGCAAAAUGGCUUCAGUGCCACAGUCACAGGCUAUAGGGGCAGAGCCCCAAGAGACCUGGACGAACUCGUGGACUUGUUGGACAUCAGAUAUUCUGGAGGAGAAGGAACAGUCUUUGGAUUGGGACUUGAUACAGAUGCUACACACGACGCCCAACACUUCCAUGACUUCACUACGUUUGGAUCAAAAAUCAAGUGGCCCAUUUGACAAAGAGUGGAAUGACAUGACCAUGGACAUGACCGAUUUAAAAGAAAUAAAAAAAGAAGGCCUUUCCUUAGAAGAUAUGGAUAUGGACUUCCCUUUGGGUAUUGACAUGCCAGUCGAUGCCCAUACCAUGUCUGAGGAUGAUUUCCUUGAUAGCUUCAUGGAUCUGUCUGAAUUCCUGUUACCAGAACAACCAUUAGAGGAAACGGAGGAGGUACAGAAUGUUAUACAAAUAGAACCCUUAUCCAAUACUCCUUUCAUGGUUGAACCAGUACCAGAGGAUUCAGUCAUCUGUGAAGAAGUGGUAUCUCCAGUGUCAGUGAAGCGUGACAUUGAUGACAUAGACUGGCAUCAAUACAGUGAUCAUGACUAUGUCACCAAGAAACCAUGCCUCUCUCCUUCACUUGAUACUGAGAUAGAAAAUGCUAUAAUUGCAUCCACUUCUACAUCAAAGAUCAUCACUACGAAAGUCACUCCAGAUAAAAAGUACCGUGAGAGAAGAAACAAGAAUAAUGUUGCUUCCAGACGAUCAAGAGAAACCAGAAAGAUGAAAUUUGUUAAUAUGGAAGAUGAAGCAAAUUGUUUGGUUAUUAAAAAUGCAGAAUUGAGAGAAAGAAUUGCAGAAAUGGAAAUAUUGGCUAAAGAAAUGAAAACUUUGCUUGUACAAAAGUUAGCAGCAAAGUAAGGAAAAGUUAACUUUAUUGUGAGAUCUGAAUGAGUUAUGGUACUUUUGUAUCUUGAGAACUGCUUGUUGUGGUUUAACAUGUUUUGUUUCAUUGUGAAAUAGUCAUGAAAUCAUAUAAGAUUGUGUAGUAAUUAAAAAGGUUGAAAAUGUAAGAAAAAAUUG